AUGCAGAAAAUCGCACCGAUCGAUGACACGCCCGAGGAUUACGGCGGCGGCGAAUCGCAGGCGCGUUCGCCGCGACGAGACGGCGGCGCGGCGAACGCGAGUCGAACGAUGCGCGCGACGACGAGCUCGCCUGGACGUGGGAAGUACAUGGCAAAUCAGCGCGCGUUGGAGAUGGAGAGCGAAAGCGAAGAUGAGGAUGAGUUGGUGACGGCGGCGACGGCAAAGGCGACGCAGGAAGGCGAAUUUUCAAACGUGCCGGCGCCGGGGGUGAAACCGUUGCUACUCGCGAGCCCUAACGCGAAGAAACUCGCGCUGGAGCGUAAAACGAAGAAACCGACGAUUGUUUUCGACGACGACGACGACGACGAUGACGAGGAAAUCAUGCCGACGCAAACGGCGAGUCAAAUGCAGACGUCGCCGCCGAAAAAGUCGCCAAAAAAGUCGCCGAAGCGCGCGUCCACGAGUCCAAGGUCGCCCGCGAAGCGUCGCAAGGUGGUCGAACCCGAUGUACCGGCAUCACCGCCGAUCGGUAUAGUCGGUCGCGUCGUCAACGCGGCGGCGGAGGCUUUAGGAUUUAGUUCGCCGUUCAAGGCGAGUCAAGCCGAGUCGCCGCUCGUGGGCGCCGCCGGUUUCGCCUCACCCAGCGCGCCGACGUCGCUCAUGAUGUCCCCGGGCACGAUGACAAACAUCGUCGGUAGCGUGGCGCGAUCGGUUCUGGACGACGACGAAGAUCACGCCGGUAAAGUUGAAUGGGGCUCGCGCGGCGGUUACGAAGGUGGCAAGCGCGGCGCCCGACGCAAGCUCGAUUUAGCCGACGAAAACGCGUCGCCGAGUAAGAAGUCCACGACCGCCCGGGCGCUCGAACGCUUACGUUAG